AUGGAGGACAUCUUGAAGAUUCAAAAAUCUAUCAUCUUCGAUGAGUCAGUUUCUCACUAUGAGAUGCAUACCCAUCAACCCUUUGCUUCAUCAAGCUACGGUAAUAAUGAUGUAAUUUCAAUUACUGUGCAACAUCAAGAUUUAUGUUUAUUGCCCAGUAAGAGUCAUCUGCAUAUUAAUGGUCGAUUAACCAAAGAUAAUGGAACAACACCAGCCGAGAGAACAAGACUCGUGAGUAACGCUAUCUGUCAUCUGUUUGAGGAAGUGCGAUAUGAGCUCAAUGGUGUAGAGAUUGAUCGAGCGAAAAAUAAUGCAGGUUGGCUCAAGAAUGAUAGUAUGGAUAGUAAUGAGAAAAUCACUGAUAAUGCAGGAUAUUUCGACAUCUCUAUACCAUUAAGUCUUCUACUUGGCUUCGCUGAAGAUUAUCAGAAGAUUGUUGUGAAUGCAAAACAUGAACUCAUUAUUACGAGAUCGAAAACAGACAUCAGUGCAGUACUUCAGAGAGCUGUCAAUCAACAAAACCCAGAGGAGAAAUGGAAGAUCAACCUUCAAAAGAUUGAGUGGUUGAUCCCCUAUGUUAAAGUGUCGGACGAGCGCAAGGUGAAGCUGCUCAAUUUCAUCGCAAAAGACACACCCAUUACAAUGGGCUUUCGUACAUGGGAAUUGUAUGAGUAUCCUCUUCUCCCAGCAACCUCGAAGCAUGUUUGGGUUGUGAAGACAUCAUCUCAAUUGGAGAAACCAAGAUACGUUAUUCUUGGAUUCCAAACGAGUCGUAAAAACAUUCAGACAGCCAAUGCGAGCCACUUCGAUCAUUGCAGUAUCAGAGAUGUGAAGCUUUUCCUCAACUCAGAGAGCUACCCAUAUGGCAAUUUGAAUUUGGAUAUUGCCUUCAAUCAGUAUUCAACACUAUACGACAUGUACAUGAACUUUCAGGAGUCUUACUACGGAAAGGAAGCUGAGCCGUUAUUGAAUAGAGAGAAAUUUCUAACAGACGCACCAUUAAUUGUAAUCGAUUGUUCCAAGCAGAAUGAGUAUUUGAAAACCGGACCAGUUGAUAUUCGUCUGGAAUUUGAAUCAUCAUUUCCUUUUGCACCCAACACAUCAGCGUACUGUCUCAUCCUCCAUGAUCGAAUUGUUGAAUACAAUCCUAUGAGUGGAGGAGUUAAGAAACUAAUGUAA